CAUUCUUCAGUAGCAUUUCAGCGUCGAACGGUUUCGGAAGUUGCUAGGAGAAACACGUGACGCGUUUCAAUCCUCGUUCGGUUGUGGGUGAAAUGUUAUCCGUUAGCAAUCUACUCAAGUGUGACGACGGCAAUGGCAGAAAACGAACUAACAGUGCUGGAGAGGUCGUAGAAGGAAGUGUCGGUGCAAUUGCCAAAUCCGGUGUCGUUAGUUCCAGUUCCGUGGCGAAAGCGAGUUCUUUUUGCAACAGUGUUCAAACGUCAAGGAUACCGAAAUGUGCACGCUGUCGAAAUCACGGAGUGAUAUCAGGAUUACGUGGUCACAAGAAAAAUUGCACCUACCGAAAUUGUAGGUGUCCGAAAUGUGAGCUGAUUCUGUCCCGACAGAAAAUCAUGGCAGCACAGGUUGCAUUGAAGAGGCAGCAAGCCGUUGAAGACGCUAUAGCACUGCGACUGGCGUCAACGGAAAUGGGAACCCAGCUGGAAACACUUCCUCCGGGGAAGAUCUACGGUAUGACCGUAACCGAACCCUGCGCAUCGCCAGGGAUUGGAUCCCCCUCAUCGAUGGACAUUUCAUCAUCUACCUCUCCCGCUUGCAGUGACAAAGAACCGGAUCCAGUGGGAACCAGCAAACCAAAUAAUUCCAACACAAAUGUACCAGUGUCGCAAAAUGCACUGGACAUGUUGUCGCAGCUAUUUCCACACCGGAAGCGAUCCGUGCUUGAGUUGAUACUGAAGCGUUGCGAUUCGGACCUCCUGAAAGCCAUCGAGCAGUGCAGUAAGACUCCGCCAACCAGUGCGUUCAAGCCUCCGGUUUCCUCGGCAUCAGUCCUCGCUCACCAUCAGAUUCCAAUGGCGCCACCCAGUCCACCGAGUUAUGCAUCGUUGAUCGCCUACCCAAAAUGGUUGCUUCCGAUGUCGAUUCCUGUUCCGAUGGGCCACAUUGCUCCCAAUUUGGCGCCAAGAUGCACACUUCCCAACUGCGUAAUGUGUGUACAUCAUCCGGUGUAAGCGACGAUUGUAAUCUACACUUGUUAUAAUUUUUAUCAUAUAAGUGAAAUACAUUG